AUGGCGGGGAGCCAACCCUCCCUCCCUAACCUGCCCGCCCACCAACAAUCCGAUACUCAGUUAACAGCCCAUAUUGCCAGCCGGUACCAUGUUCAGAAUCCCGUGAGCUAUCUAGGCUCCAGUGCCAUCGUCUCGGUCAACACCUACACAUCUUCGGCCAAGGGGCCCAAUGGCGGCAAAGAUGGGUCAGCGAUGGGAGCGGCGGAGGACCUGGCACAGAGGGCUCUACAUAGGCUUGGGCAUCGACAGGAAAACCAGGCGGUGAUGUUCCUCGGCGAGACAGGGUCUGGGAAGACUACCAUCCGCUCACAUCUGCUCAACGCGCUACUCUCGUUCUCAUCGACACCGCUAUCCAAGAAGCUGUCCUUUGCCUCCUUCGUCUUCGACGCCCUCACCACCACCAAAACUGCCACCACUACGACAGCAUCGAAGGCUGGCCUCUACUUUGAAUUGCAGUACGACACAGCAUCAUCUCUGCAUCCCACCCUUAUUGGUGGAAAAGUCCUGGAUCACAGACUGGAGAGGAGCAGAGUGGCAUGCGUGCCAUCCGGCGAGCGAAACUUCCACGUCCUGUACUACUUGUUGGCUGGAACAUCUCCAGCGGAGAAAGAGCACUUGGGACUAGAGCUGCCAGGUACCAAUCUUUCAUCUGAGGGUAAUGGGCACCUCGGACACAGAGCAUCGGUCGCUGGGACACAAAAAAGAUGGCGUUACCUGGGACAUCCAUCUCAGCUCAAGGUCGGCGUGAACGACGCCGAAGGCUUUCAGCAUUUCAAGACAGCGCUUCGCAAGUUGGAGUUCCCUAGAGAGGAGAUUGCCCACAUGUGCGAGGUUCUGGCUGCUAUUCUGCACAUUGGCCAGCUGGAGUUUCAGACAUCACAGGCCACAACGCCAGCGGCGGACGAGAGCGGCGGAUACGGUCACGAAGGCGGCGAGGAUGUCACGACAGUCAAGAACAAGGAUGUGCUUGCGAGCAUUGCCGCCUUUCUGGGAGUCCCGGAGAAGGACUUUGAGAUGUCAAUGGGCUACAAGACGAAAACACUGCACCGCGAGCGCGUCACAGUCAUGCUUGACCCGAAAGGAGCGAGAGAGAACGCAGAUGAGCUUGCGCGCACACUUUACUCGCUGCUUGUUGCAUACAUCAUGGAGAAGAUCAACCAGCGCGUGUGCGCGGACGAGGAGAACGUCAAGAACACAAUCUCGGUGGUGGACUUUCCCGGCUUUGCCUUGGAGAGGUCUACGAACAGCACACUCGAUCAGCUGCUGAACAACGCAGCCACCGAGUCAUUUUACAACUUCUGUCUGCAAUCGUUCUUUGAGCGCAAGGCAGAUCUUCUGGAGUCGGAAGAAGUGCAAGUACCGGCUACCAGCUACUUCGACAACAGCGACGCAGUCAAGGGCCUGCUUAAGCCUGGAAAUGGUCUUCUCAGCAUCCUCGACGACCAGACGAGGAGAGGGAAGACGGACAUGCAGCUGCUCGAGUCUCUUCGCAAGCGGUUCGAGAACAAGAACUCUGCGAUCGAGGUUGCGAGCGCCAGUGUCGUGCUUCCCGGGAACAACUUCGCGACCACAAAUACCAACGCCACUUUCACUGUCAAGCACUUCGCUGGCGAGGUGGACUACCCAGUCGACGGCCUAAUCGAAGGCAACGGCGAGGUCAUCAGUGGCGAUCUCAUGAACUUGGUCGGCCAGUCACAGAGUGACUUUGUCCAAAAUCUGUUCGGCCAGGAGGCUCUCAAUAAGAUUACGCAUCCCAGAGAUCGCAAUGCAGUCACUCAGGCUUCCGUUGCCUCCAAGCCAUCCCGCAUGCCUAGCAUGGCCAAACGGUCAGGCGCCAGGCGCGCCAGACAGGCUCAGCAAGCAAUCGACGAGGACCAGAGUAGUGAGGACGGCCAACGCCAGGUCUCCACUCGUGGCGGUCGUGCGAACAAUGACCCUCAACAAGGCGCCGCCGCCCAGUUCCUGUCCUCGCUCGACAACAUCAACAAGUCUCUCACCGCACCCAACACCAACUCUUACUUCUUCUUCUGCCUGAAGCCUAACGACCGGAGAAUAGCAAACCAGUUCGACAGCAAAUGUGUCCGGACACAGAUCCAGACACUCGGCAUCGCGGAGAUCAGUCAAAGGCUCAAGAACGCCGACUUCAGUAUCUUCAUGCCUUUCAGCGAGUUCCUCGGAAGUGCUGAGGGUGAGGUCUCUGUUAUUGGCAGCGACAAGGAGAAGUCGGAGAUGAUUAUCGAUGACAAGAGCUGGCCUAGCAGUGAGGCAAGGGUUGGCAGCACGGGUGUCUUCUUGAGCGAGCGAUGUUGGCGUCAGGUGGCUGGUGUUAAUGACUUGAGCGAUAUGCCCGCUCCUUAUACUGAUGAGCCUGGUUACGAGCAAGGACUACUUACGCCACAUGAUGCUAAGCGCGGGUUCGGCGACGCGAAGGUGCAAUUACUUGGUACUCCUGGAUCUGGCAACUAUUACGACGACAAAGCUGCUGGAUACUUUGGUAGUCGUGACCUCGAUGCGAAGAGUGAGGCCGGUGCUUCUGCAUUCCGAGAAGGCGACAUGUUCCGCAACCUGGACACACGCUCGCAGAUGGCCGAGAAGGGCAACGAAGUCAAGGUGGCCGAAGUCGAGGAGCGUCCGCUCACUGGCGAGCGCAAGCGCUGGCUGGCUAUCGUCUAUUUGAUGACUUGGUGGCUUCCCGACUUCGUCAUCAGGAUCGUCGGUCGCAUGAAGAGGAAAGACAUUCGCGUUGCAUGGAGAGAAAAGCUGGCCAUCAACAUGAUUAUCUGGUUUAGUUGCCUGUUUCUUGUGUUCUUCAUGGUUGGCAUGCCGCGACUCAUCUGCCCGACUCAACACGUCUACAGCCCGUCUGAGCUGACCUCAUACAACGGCAAGGAUGGAGCAAAGGGAUACGUUGCUAUUCGUGGCGUGGUCAUCGAUUUGUCAAAGUUCGCACCGGUCCACUACCCUCCGAUUGUCUCUGAGGAGAGCAUUCUGAAGUACGCUGGUCAGGACGCGACGAACCUCUUCCCCGUACAGGUGUCGGCUAUGUGCCAGGGCACCAACAAGAAUGAGCCUAUCUCGCCGGCUGUCCAACUGAGCUACAACACCAACAACUACACCGGCACGCCGCUCGUGGCUUCCAGCACCACUGAUAUGAAUGCCCAGUACCACGAUUUCCGCUGGGCGACGAACGACUCGCGUCCGGCGUGGUUCACCGAGCAGAUGAUCAUGCUGAAGGGACAGUACCAAAAAGGCCACGUCGGCUACUCGCCCGAGUACCUUAAGACUCUGGCCAGCAAGGACUCUUCUAUCGCAUACAUGUACGGCCGAGUCUACGACGUGACGCCCUACAUUGCCGGUGGCCGCCCUGCGCAGUACCCCGACGGUUACGACGAGCCGAAGCAGCAACCCAACAGCAACUACAUGGACGACACCGUCAUCUCGCUCUUCCAGGGCCGCUCUGGAGAGGACGUCACCAAGUACUGGGAAGCGCUCGAAAUCAGCCCCUUCAUGCGCCGCAGCAUGCAGACCUGUCUCGACAACCUCUUCUACGUCGGUAAUGUCGACACCCGCAAUAGCGCGCAGUGUCUGUUCGCGAAGUAUAUCCUGCUCGCGAUUUCGAUUCUGCUCGUCACAGUUAUCGGUUUCAAGUUCCUGGCUGCGCUGCAGUUCGGCAGGAAGAACACGCCCGAGAAUCUCGACAAGUUCGUCAUCGCCACCGUGCCCGCGUACACUGAGGAUGAGGACUCGUUGCGUCGUGCUAUCGAUUCUGCGGCGAGGAUGCGGUAUGACGAUAAGCGCAAAUUGCUGUUUAUCAUUUGUGACGGUAUGAUUAUUGGGCAAGGCAAUGACAGGCCGACACCGCGUAUUGUGCUGGAUAUUCUGGGGGUGCCGGAGACCGUGGAUCCGGAGCCUUUGAGCUUUGAGAGUUUGGGUGAAGGGCAGAAGCAGCACAACAUGGGGAAGGUGUAUUCCGGGUUGUAUGAGGUGCAGGGGCAUAUCGUUCCGUUCAUUGUGGUGGUGAAGGUGGGGAAGCCGAGUGAGGUGUCCAGACCUGGCAACCGUGGCAAGCGUGACUCGCAGAUGAUCCUGAUGCGCUUCCUCAACCGCGUGCACUACAACAUGCCGAUGGUGCCUCUCGAACUCGAACUCCAUCACCAGAUACGAAACGUGAUAGGAGUGAAUCCGACCUUCUACGAAUUCUUACUGCAAAUCGACGCCGAUACCGUCGUGGCUCCAGACUCCGCUACCCGCAUGGUCGCUGCCUUCCUGCACGACACCAAACUCAUCGGCGUGUGUGGCGAAACCGCCCUCUCCAACGCAAAGGCCUCAAUGAUCACCAUGAUGCAGGUCUACGAAUACUACAUCUCGCACAACCUCACCAAGGCCUUCGAAUCCCUCUUCGGCUCCGUCACCUGUCUGCCCGGUUGCUUCACGAUGUAUCGCAUCCGUGCGGCGGAGUCGGGCAAGCCGCUCUUCGUGUCGCGGGAGAUUGUGCAGGACUAUAGCGAAGUGCGCGUCGAUACCCUCCACGCGAAGAACCUGCUGCAUCUCGGAGAGGAUCGUUUCCUGACGACUCUGCUGCUGAAACAUCAUGCGAAGUACAAGACCAAGUACAUCAUGCGCGCCCACGCCUGGACUAUCGCUCCGGACAGCUGGGCCGUGUUCAUGUCGCAACGUCGUCGCUGGAUCAACAGUACCGUGCACAACCUGAUCGAGCUCAUCCCGUUGCAACAGCUGUGCGGCUUCUGCUGUUUCUCUAUGCGCUUCGUGGUGUUCUUGGACUUGCUGUCGACGGUCGUACAGCCCGUGAUUGUGGCGUAUAUCAUCUACCUCAUCGUCGUCGUCAUUCAGAACCCGGAUACCGUGCCGAUUACCGCCUUUAUUCUCCUCGGAGCGAUUUACGGUUUACAAGGCAUCAUUUUCAUCGUCAGAAGGAAGUGGGAGAUGAUCGGCUGGAUGCUGAUCUACGUCGUCGCUACCCCCGUCUUCGCCUUCUGCCUGCCUCUCUACUCCUUCUGGUACAUGGACGACUUCUCCUGGGGCAACACGCGCAUGGUCACGGGCGAGAAGGGCAAGCAGAUCAUUGUGUCCGACGAAGGGAAGUUCGAUCCCGACUCCAUCCCAAAGAAGAAGUGGGAAGAGUACCAAGCCGAGCUCUGGGACGCGCAGACCCAGCGCGAUGACGACGCACGGUCCGAGAUGACCGGGAUCUCGUACGGCACGCGCAGCUGGCACCCGGCUGCUAGCGAGUACGGGUAUGGUCCACCUUCUCGGCCUAUGUCUCAAAUGGGCAUGCCCUACCACAACAACGGCAGCCACAUGUCGCUCAUGACCCCGGGCUCUGAGUACGGGGGUGGGAUGUUGCCGCGCAGCUACUCGCAGGCUAGUAUGGGCCAGAUGACCGCCGGGUACGGGAUGGACGCCGGCGAUAUGCCGUCCGAUGACGCGAUUCUGGCGGAGAUUCGGGAGAUUCUGCGGACCGCGGAUCUGAUGACGGUGACGAAGAAGAGUAUUAAGGCGGAGCUGGAGAGGAGGUUUGGGGUGGUGAUGGAUGGGAAGAGGAGUUAUAUCGGCAGUGCUACGGAGGCGAUUUUGAGUGGGCAGUUGUAA